CCGGGCGGAGCGCGUUCCCCAGGCACCAGGCGUGGGGGGGAAUUGUGCUGGGGGCUCCCGGGCGUGCGGGCAUAAGAACACGGCGUGCGCACCGGGCUCACGGAGCAUCAGUGUGCGCACAGCCACCCCGGCGCCGCUGUACGCACGCGCCCCGCAGCUCUCCGCUGACGCCGGCCUUCGCACCGCCUCCGCCGCAGGAAGCUACCGCGUACCGCUAGCACCAUGCCCCGCAUAGACGCGGACCUUAAACUCGACUUCAAGGAUGUUCUGCUGCGACCUAAGCGGAGCAGCCUCAAGAGCCGAUCAGAGGUGGAUCUUGAGCGAACCUUUACGUUUCGAAACUCAAAGCAGACCUACUCAGGGAUUCCCAUCAUUGUGGCCAACAUGGACACUGUGGGGACAUUUGAGAUGGCUGUGGUGAUGUCACAGCACGCCAUGUUUACAGCCGUUCAUAAGCAUUACUCGCUGGAUGACUGGAAGCGGUUUGCAGAAAACCACCCCGAAUGCCUGCAGCAUAUAGCCGUGAGUUCUGGCAGUGGGCAGAAUGAUCUCGAGAAGAUGAGCCGCAUCUUGGAAGCCGUGCCGCAGGUGAAGUUCAUCUGUCUAGAUGUGGCCAAUGGGUAUUCGGAACAUUUUGUGGAAUUCGUGAAACUGGUCCGGUCCAAAUUUCCCGAACACACCAUCAUGGCAGGGAAUGUGGUGACGGGAGAGAUGGUGGAGGAGCUCAUCCUCUCCGGAGCAGAUAUCAUCAAAGUGGGAGUCGGACCAGGUUCUGUGUGCACCACCCGGACCAAGACAGGCGUGGGCUACCCACAGCUGAGUGCCGUGAUAGAGUGUGCGGACUCCGCCCAUGGCCUCAAGGGCCACAUCAUCUCUGACGGAGGCUGCACAUGUCCAGGAGAUGUCGCCAAAGCCUUUGGAGCUGGUGCAGACUUUGUCAUGCUGGGAGGCAUGUUUUCAGGCCACACGGAGUGUGCGGGGGAGGUGAUCGAGAGGAACGGGCAGAAGCUGAAACUCUUCUACGGCAUGAGCUCGGACACAGCCAUGAAGAAGCAUGCGGGAGGCGUCGCCGAGUACAGGGCCUCAGAGGGCAAGACCGUAGAAGUGCCUUACAAAGGGGAUGUGGAGAACACAAUUCUGGAUAUCCUCGGAGGACUGCGCUCUACCUGCACCUAUGUAGGGGCCGCCAAGCUCAAGGAACUCAGCAGGAGAGCCACGUUCAUCCGGGUGACCCAACAGCACAAUACGGUGUUCGGUUAACCUCCGGAUGCAGAUGUCUCCUUUCGCCACGCUUCGCCCCUCCCCUCCUUAUCUGCCCUUGCAGGCUGGCUGCUAUCAACAGAUGCUGAGACUGAGUCCUUGUCCUGAUCUUGUAGCCCGAGACCUUGGGGCUCACCCUAGUGCCUGUGUGGGGCCCAGCAGCAGGGCGCUGGAGGGGCCCUGGGUCAGCACCUAGAACUCAUUGCCUUCUGGUUUCAACCAGCCCUUGCACCCUCCUUUCUGUCUGCCGGUUGGUUUGUUUUCUUUCUAAAAGGACAAUGGUUUCACUUUUAAUAUAAUGCUAUAUGAUCUUGA